UCUGACGUUGAUGACGCGUUAAAACAGGAAAUGCCUUACAAACGAUAAAUUCCCGACUUGCUCAAGAUGUCUUGCUCUGAUUCUCACAAGGGGAGUUUGGAGGAGGUGAGUUAUGAGGGAGCUGCUGGUGGCGACCUGCCCAGUUGUGCCUUGGCGAUGCUGGAAAGGGAACGAGAAUCCAUACAAAGUCCCACAGAGAGUCCUGGUGCCUCUACUAUUCUCCCAUCUACUGCCCUUGAGCAAGGGUACGAUGUGGAGUUCGACCCACCACUCGAGAGCAAAUAUGAGUGUCCCAUCUGCCUGAUGGCUCUCAGGGAUGCCCUCCAAACACCUUGUGGGCACCGUUUCUGCAAGAGCUGCAUUGAGAAGUCAAUUCGGGAUGCAGGACAGAGAUGCCCAGUGGACAAUGAAAUGCUGUUAGAAAACCAACUGUUUCCUGAUAACUUUGCGAAAAGGGAGAUUCUUUCCCUCACUGUCCGCUGUCCAAAUGCUGGCUGUAUGGACAAAAUGGAGCUCCGACGUUUAGAGAAUCAUUUGGCACAAUGUCCAUUUGCGACUGUGCCCUGCCCACAAUGCCAACAGUCCGUGAGAAAAGUUUACCUGGAGGAACACAAAACCAUAGAGUGCCAAAGGAGACCUAUGUCCUGUCCAGACUGUGUUGCAAGCUUUGUAUACGAGGAGAAGGAGCUUCAUGAGCAGCAGUGUCCCUUUGCGAGUGUUAAGUGCCAGUACUGUGCGCUGGAUCUCAUUAGAGACCAGAUGGACUCUCAUUGUGAUACAGAUUGCCCUAAAGCCCCUAUUGCCUGUACCUUUGGCACUUUUGGAUGUAAGGAAAGGAUGCAGCGACACAACCUGGCUCAGCAUAUGCAGGAGUUCACGCAAAUGCACAUGCGUUACAUGGCAGAGUUUGUCCGAUGUCUUAGCCUUAAUGGCACCAAACCAAAGUCACUUUGUGAACUUUGUGAAAAUGCAAGCGGUGGCAACAGCUGUGGCCCAUGCCACCCCAGCGAAGAAAUGCAAAGGAUCCGGGAUAUGGACGGACGAUUAGUAAAACAGGAUCACCAGCUACGUGAGCUUAUCAUCUUAGAAGAUACUCGGGUAGGUCAGCUUGCACAGCUCCAGAGAAGAGUAGCUGUGCUCGAGGAGACAGUGAAGGAGCUCGAGGCACAGCAAUGUCAUGGCAUCUUCAUCUGGCGUCUCAAAAGUUUCUCGGCGCACCUCCAUAAUCAAGAAGCAGGCCUGCCGGUGGUUGAGCACAGCCCGGGCUUUUACACCAGUCGACCGGGCUACAAACUGUGCCUCCGCCUACACCUGCAGACCCCCAAUGCCCCACGCUGUUCCAACUACAUAUCCCUCUUUGUCCACACCAUGCAAGGAGCGUUCGAUGAACAGCUAAGCUGGCCUUUCCAGGGCACUAUCCGUUUGGCCAUUCUCGACCAGGGCCCUGAUGCUCAACAUCAUAUGGAGGUGAUGGAGACGAAGCCGGACCUUCAAGCCUUCAAGAAACCCACAAUUCAGCGGAACCCCAAAGGCUUUGGCUAUGUGACUUUCCUGCACUUGCAUCAGCUGAAUCAGCGAGCUUUUGUCAAGGAUGACACUCUUCUCAUCCGCUGUGAGGUAACGCCACGUUUUGACAUGUUUCAGCGCGAAGGACCCACAGUGCAGCCUAGAGGUCCUGAGGCUUCACGCGACUAACUCAUAUUGCUUUGUUUUCUCAGACUGUGUUGAAUGUGCAAAUGUGCUGGUAUUUAUUCAAAAUUUUCAAAUAUUCGAACAAUUCUUAGUACUUGUAUGAAAUUUUAUUUUAAUCAGGUUGGAAAUAGUCUGCAUGUAUGCACAUCUUUUAACAAGCACAUGUUCAUUUCACAUUAAUAGGUUUGGCUAUUGAUGUUCUGCAAACAAACUGACUGUUACUACCACAUAGCACUGUGGGGUUUUUUUUUAAACUUUUUUUUCCCAAUUACCAGCAUAUGCGGGAAAAACAAUUUGUGUAUAAUCCAUUGUAAUGCUCCCUCCUUUCUCUCUUGUGUCUUUAAUAUCAGCUUACACCGGCGCUGGAUGAACA